UGCAUUUCCCAUGAGGCGGCGUGUGUUCUCAGCGCGUGAGUGAAUGAACCGCUGGUGUCAUUUUUUUCAUUUUAAACCCGAUGUUUCACACAGCAGCAGGCCCUGUUGACGAGGAAACCGAUGGUCGUCGGCCCCUUGUCUCGACACUCUUUCAUUCCGAUAUGAACGCCAGCGGGCGGCCCAGGACGAGCUCGUUCGCUGAGCCUCAGGUAGCUUCUGGAGCCGCUGCUGCAUCGGCCGCUGUCGUGGGGAGCAACGUAGGAAAGUCCGGGGUCUCGCAGGCCUCGGCGGACAGUUCAUCUGCCAGGGACAGUGGGAAGGUGACCACAGUGGUUGCCACCCCAGGCCAAGGCCCAGAUCGCCCACAGGAAGUGUCCUACACUGAUAUCAAGGUGAUAGGAAAUGGAUCCUUUGGUGUGGUGUAUCAGGCACGCCUCAUUGACAGCCAGGAGUGGGUGGCCAUUAAGAAGGUACUUCAGGAUAAGAGGUUUAAGAACCGAGAACUUCAGAUCAUGAGAAAACUGGACCACUGCAACAUAGUGAGACUCCGCUAUUUCUUCUACUGCAGUGGAGAGAAGAAAGAUGAGGUGUACCUCAAUCUGGUGUUGGACUAUGUGCCUGAGACAGUCUACAGGGUGGCACGAUACUUCAGCAAAGCUAAGAAUAUUAUCCCCAUCAUUUAUGUGAAGGUGUAUAUGUAUCAGCUUUUCCGCAGUUUGGCCUAUAUCCAUUCCCAGGGAGUUUGUCACAGAGACAUCAAACCACAGAACCUUCUAGUGGACCCAGAUACAGCUGUACUUAAGCUGUGUGACUUUGGCAGUGCUAAGCAGCUGGUGAGGGGCGAGCCUAAUGUCUCCUAUAUCUGUUCACGUUACUAUCGCGCCCCUGAGCUCAUCUUUGGUGCGACAGACUACACCUCCAACAUUGAUGUCUGGUCAGCUGGAUGUGUGCUGGCUGAACUACUGCUGGGACAACCAAUCUUCCCUGGAGACAGUGGAGUGGACCAGCUAGUGGAGAUCAUCAAGGUACUUGGAACACCCACAAGGGAACAGAUCCGUGAAAUGAACCCAAACUAUACAGAGUUUAAAUUCCCUCAGAUCAAAGCACAUCCAUGGACCAAGGUGUUUAAACCAAGAUCUCCUCCUGAGGCAAUAGCCCUGUGUUCUCGGUUGUUAGAGUACACGCCAGUGACACGGCUGUCCCCGCUUCAGGCCUGCUCUCACGCCUUCUUUGAUGAGCUACGCCAGCCCGGCACCCGGCUGCCCACCGGUCGAGAGCUGCCCCCGCUUUUCAACUUCACUACAACAGAGCUGAUGAUUCAGCCCCAGCUCAAUUCUACUCUCAUUCCACCUCAUGCCCGUGCACAGACUGCAGCAUCCUCCAACGAUGGCUCUGAUGGCCCUGUACAGCCCGGAUCCACUCUGACCAACAGCACCUGAGGCCGUGAAUCCAUAAAAAAAAAGAUCACACACACAAAAGCAUCUUAGCCACCAUAGCGCAAUCUCUGUCUCUCUCUCUCUCUCUCUCUCUCUCUCUCUCUCUCUCUCUCUCUCUCUCUCUCUCUCUCUCACACUCUCUCUCUCUCUGACAAACACAUACACAGUCUUACACUCUUUAACUCAUGGCUUUCUCUUUAUAUAUCUACAUUCAAACCUUUCACUUUAGAUUCAGGUGUCAUAUGUUUCUGAAUUGCCAGUGGCUGACAGCUCUGUUCUGCUGACGGUGGUUACAGUCAGAUGUUGACGACAUCUGAUCUAACUUGCUGUAGACCGAGAAACGUACUGUACAUACAUACAUAACAACAUGCACACUGCCAUAUACAUGCAACAAACCACAACAAAACGACUUUCAUUUAUACUACUAAUAUUUGCUUAAAAUAAUAGAGGUAGGAAAUUUAGAGAGUGCUUUAAAUGGCUGUGUAUGUCCUUAUUAAAGCUCAUGGGAAUCCAUAACGCAACACUCAUAGGCGUUAUGGGGGUGUAAUAUGGUUGGUUCAAUGGCUAGAGGGGCAGGUCCUCUGUCUUAAAAUGUCCUAUUUUUAUUUUUUUAUUUUAAAAAAACUCUUAAUUUAUUUGAAUCAACAUUUACAAUGGACUAGUGCAGUAGUAGGAUUUUCCCAUGACCUCUUUAGAAAUAUCAGCCUCUCAGAUGUGAAAUACAUUUAGCAGGGAACAAGUUAAAGACUUAUCCGGUUGUAAAUGUCUAGGAAAAGUGGAGGGCACACUAAAUUUGAUGAUUUUAUAUUAUUACUGCAUUAUAUAUAUUACAUAUAUAAUUAUUUCUUGCUUUUACCUUUUCAGUAAAUGUAUUUAUUAUUUUAAAAUGGCGAAUUGGAUGGACUUAAGCGUCUACAAAUGUAAUUUGUUUGCAAAUUGACGUUGAUUGACCUUUUAGAUGAGGUCAUGUUGGUGUUUUCCUGGUGCAAUAAAUACACAGUGGUGAAGAACUAGUUGAGAAAGGAUUUAAGCUUCCAGUUGACCAUAAAGAAGGGAAUGAAUGAAGCGAAUGAAUGAGUUAAAGAUGUAUCCAAGACUUCAGAACAUAGAGUACUGGUGUUGUAAAGUGCAAUGUAUGAGUGAGGGAAAGAAAGUCUAAUGUGACUAUCUGCCUGUAUGUUUAAUCAUUAACUGUAUAUUAUGUUCCCGGACUAGGCUUAAUCUAUGCUUGUGAGAUUACAAAGUCUAAAUCCAUUCGAAGUAAUUUUUAGACAUCAGCUAUAGGUCCUAAAACUGAACCCUAAAAUGUAAUUCAAUGUUUUCUUUUUGUAUUAGCUUUUCAGUCAAGAUUAUCAGUGCAAUGAAAGUUAAUCUUACUCAACAGCAUUUUGGCAAAUGGUUGAUUACCACAACAAUUCAUUUCAACUCGUCUCUCUUUUUCUUUAAAAAAAAAAAGAAAAAGGAAAAAUCUGGAUUGCAGUGAGGCUUUUAAAAUGGAAGUGAAUGGGGCCAAUCGGUAAACAUUAAAAUACUCUCUAUUUCAAAAGUAUUGUCAUUAGAUGUAAACUAUAUGUGUGUUAACAUGAUUUUAGUAAAAGCAAUACAAUUUUGUGUAAGUGCUAAAAUCUCUUCCCAACCUUUUCUGUGUAAAGUUAUAUACAAUUAACUUUGUUGCAAGUUAACUUAUCAACAAGUUAACUUAUCAACUUAUAAUUUCUGCCUUAAAACCCUCUAAAAAUUGGCCACAUUCACUUCCAUUGUAAGUGCCUCACCAUAAACUUAUUUGCUUUUGUAAUCCGCAUUUUGCCACGAAUGCUGUCGAUUCAGCUUAACUUGUAAUUAACUCUUCCUUUAAGGUUAAUUGACCCUUCGCUAAGCCCUGCCUUAAAAGUCUUAGCAACUGUUGCCCUCCCGCCUUUACCCUGACACGCGCGUUUGCUAUUUUCCAAUGAGAGCCUUUGCGAGUAAUGUGUGUUUGAGUACUUGUAAGUGGGAUUUUAUCAAAAUAAUCGAAAAACAUAGUAGUGACACGAGUUACCAGAGAGGAUACAUGCAGUGUUUUUCUUUGUUUUUAAAAACAAAUAUCUUUAAAUUAAUGUGGAGGAGAGCAUGUAAUGAAUUAAACAGUGUCAGCCCUCCUUCCCAAAAUGAACAUAUAACAUCUGCAGCAACGUGUACAUUUGCUCCAAGAUAAAUGGAAGCUAAGAACUGAACGUUAAUUCAUUAUUGAUUCAAGUAAUAGUAAAAGCAUAUUGAAUAAACGUUUCACAGCAUCAAAAUGAGUGUGUUAUGAGAUGUUAUAAACAGCUCUGUUCAUUUAUGCUAAAGUUAUUAGAUGUUCAAUUGCUAUUAAAUGAAGUGUUUCUUUUUUCAAUUGACUAAUAAUCGUUUGCCUUGAUUCUGAUUCACAGUCUCCAGUAUUUCAUCAAAUUACUGUGUAAUUCAACAAUUUCUUUUACAAACAACUUUAGAUAAAUAUGCACUACAGUGUCACUCUUCAUACCAGCCCACAUAAAAAUAUUAUCCAUUGCGCUUAUGAGAAUAUUUGCCAAAAACUGCUUCGUUCACGGCAGUCUCCCAUUCGUUACAAUGGGGAUUUCUGCAGAGCUUGUCAGAGCGAGCGACCGUAACCAAGGGGGCGGAGCUUAGCAAAGAGUCAAUUACAUUUCUCCCACAUUUAAAGGUCUAUAUAUACAGUAUAUGCCUUUGAAGCACAGUGGAACGGCCGUUUAUCUCAAUAUCAGGUGUUUUAAUAAGGCUGUUUCUUUUUCUAAAAAAACAUAUCUCUUAGCUUCUUAAUAGACCGUCUCUUGUUUUUAUUUCCGAUCCGUAAUCCUCACUCUACUUUUUUCUUUUCCUUUCACUUGAUUGUCUUUUUAUGUGGUUCAGUGGGUGUGGCUUGACCAGGUUUGCUCCACCUAUCUUUAUGUAAAUAUACUUGUUUUUAAGCCCUGUGUAAGAUGUAAAUAUCAAAGCUGUAUCACUUAUAUGUUUUGUUGAUGUCUUGCUCUCCCUCCAUCUCUCUUGGACUGGCUUCUCUUUGGUUUGAAGGAAGACAUCAGUUUUGUUGCAUUUACAGUAUUUUUUGCUUUAUCUGAGCUGUUUCCUCUACGCAUGUUGAGGCUGAAAGUUUCACUUUUUUAUGUUUUUUGUUUUGUGAAAUAUUAAGUUGUUUAAGCGUACUGUAUAUCAGCCCAUAAGCUCCGGACUUGAAAUCAACAGUUUGAUUUGGGGGAAAUGAUUCAUUUAUGAGAGAAAUACAGCUUGAAAAUGUAAACUGUCAGUUUGAGGUAGUUUGUUAUGGUCAUACUUCUCUACUUGGCAAACAUUUGAGAACAUUCGGAAAGGUACAUUGGAAGCCAUGCACAUAUUGAAUGUUUUUCAUGUAAAGGACGCUCUCUGAAGUGAAUCGGCUGCUUGAAGCUCUUUUGUGGUGGUUUUGCCAGUCUGGCUUUAAACCGCAAAACAGUGGAAUGUGUCUACCUUUAAUCUGACAUCUGUGAAUCAACCCCACAGCAAUCAUGUUUGUGUACUAUUAUAGAAAUGUGUUUAUUUUUAUAUUGAAAAUAGUGUGUAUGGCUUUGAAGUUUAUUUUACCCCUGUGAGGCUUGUUAAAUGAAUCAAGACCAGCCUACAAAGUCUCUUCACCUUUAUUGCUCCCAUAAUCCCCCCAACCCCCAUCUCUGUGUUAAGCGUACCAUAAAAAUGUGUAGCCCAUUAUUACCUUUGUUUUUGGUUAAUUGUUGGAACUUUCUGCCUCAACGUUCUGGCCCAAGGGAAUUGUGACCUGAGACAAAGAGAGACGAAUGGAGAGGGCUUGUCAGAAUAAAUUGAACAGAAUAAAAUGAUAAA